GCCACCACGAUGUCCUCUACGGACAAAUCUCUGCAGGAGAUCCGUCGACCAGAGAUCUCGAAGAGCAUCUCGGACAUACAUACGCGGCGGUUCGUGACUGAUCACGAGAGUGGCGUAGACGCGGCGUCGAACCACUAUGACUCAGAGGCUCCUACUAUUGUAGGGUCGCGCACGCAUUCGGCCAGUUCUUCUGCGACUGUGUUGCCCACUGCGUAUCCAGAGGGAGGGUAUGGGUGGACGAUCGUCGCGGUAUGCAGCUCUAUCAUGUUCUUUUCUGUCGGCGCUACCUAUUCCUGGGGUGUCAUACAAGCGCGGCUCGCCGCGGACAAUCUGGGACCCAACUCGACGCUCGCCUUCAUAGGCUCGAUCUCAGCAUCGUGGAUAGCGCUCGGGGCCAUCGUCAGCGGCCGACUUAUCAGACUGGUGGGGUCUCGCAACGCCGGCCUUCUCGCAUGCUUCCUGCUAGGACUUGGACAAGUGUUGAGCGGCUUCUCGACACGCAGCAUUGGAGGUCUUUUCGUGACGAACGGUAUCGUGACUGGUGUGGGCACCUGUCUCGGGUUCAUGCUGUGCUCGACCUUACCUGCGCAAUACUUCCAAAAGAGGCGCGGUACGGCGACGGGGCUCAUUUUCGCUGGUGCAGGAGCUGGCGGCGCCGUCCUCAGCAUAUCCAUCAAUGAGCUCAUCGCGCGCCUCGGCGUAUCCUGGACCUUCCGCAUCCUGGGCUUCAGUAUCUGGGCCAUACCGCUUCCGGCCUGUCUAUUCUUGAAGGACAGAAUGCGCAUGGCAACGCCGACGAUUGAGUGGAACCUCUUCCGCGACCCGAAGUUCGUGCUGUUGCUCAUAGGCUCCGCCAUCGGCACCUUCCCACUCUUCGUGCCGCCCUUCUUUAUCCCGCUGUAUGCCGGUUCGCUUGGAAUUUCCGCCACAGUUGGUUCGCUGCUUCUGGCGACCUUCAACCUUUCGAGCGGCCUUGGCCGUCUUGGCUUUGGAUACCUUUGCGACAUCUGCGGACCCAUAACAUCGCUCAUACUGUCGCUCUUGCUGAGCGCCUUGAGCUUACUGGCGAUCUGGCCUGUGUCGAAUAGCCUUGCGCCCCUCGUCGUCUUCAUCAUCCUCGACGGCCUCGGCAACGGUGGCUUCUUCUCGACAGUACCGAGCGUCGUUGGGCACGUCUACGGCCCCAACCGCAUGACAGGCGUCCUCGGCAUGGUCCUCAGCGCCUGGGCUGCUGGGUAUAUUCUGGGCUCCCCCGUCGCGGGAUGGCUCCUCGAGAUGUACGGCGGUAGUGACGCCGGGAUCACCGCGUACCGACCUGCGAUGUACUACGCGGGCUCCCUUUCCCUCGGCGCGGCUGGAUUUGUGGGUGGCAUGCGGUGGUUGGAGGCGCCGCGCCUGCUCGCUUUUGCUUGAUGCGAGAGCCUAGCACAGAAGCUCGUUAAAUAGAGAUGAUAGAGACGACUACUGACAAUCAUGAGGGCCAGCUUAACCAUCA